CUGACCUUCAGAGGGAACCUCCUGUGUUUCAGUUUGUGCCCAUUGCCUCUGGUGGCCCUGACCUGGGGCUUAGCAACACUCUUUUUCCUCAGAGGUGUAGCUAGGCCCAUGACUGCAGGCUAAAAAAACAACACCCAGUCCCCCACCCCAGCUCACCCUCGUGGGCACAUAAGGGGUCUAGCCAGGGGAGGCGUGGCCACCAGCGAGGCCCACAAGUCGCCUCAGGCCGCCGCCCAGAGCCACUGACCGGAUGGCACGGGCGAACCCCGCCCGCCUGUGCUCGACCCACGCCAGGCCGCGCGCGGCCCGCGGCUGCGCAGGCGCAGCCCCUGCCUUCCCCGCCCCGCCCGCGCUCUGUCCUCGAGGCCGAUUGGGCGGGAAGGGCGCGCGCCGCAGCCGGCGGCGGGAGCGCUCUGCCUCCUGGGCUGUUGGCGUGUGGUUGCCGUGGCAACCAGGGGCGGCGGGGGGCGCUCGCGCCUCCUCCCUGCCCGCCGUCCCGCUGCCGCCGCCGGGAGGUGAGAGGGAGAGCGGGGUCGGGGUCGGGGUAGGCCGUGGGGUGCUUCCCUUCUGGGAUGGACGUUGGGAGCGGAUCCUGCCCCCUACCUGUCCCUCUUGGCUUGCGGGCAGGGACAUCAAAGCAGCCUUCCCACGGGUUGUGCUGGGUGGCGGUUGGUCCCUGUCAUCGUCCAAGCUUUCUGCUGUGGGGGACGGGGACGACGGUGUGAAAUCACACGGCCCUAGGAGCUGGGGGAUCGAGGGAGACCUGCCUCACACGAAGCCCCCGCGCUGGCAGCCUGGCUUUUCCUCUGCUGUUACUGCUUGGUUUGGAAAUAGGUCUAAGGAAGGGCUCCGAAUGGGUGACCUCUCUUUGUGUAAAAAUCUUAGAGUGCUAUAUUUAUAUGAUAACCAAAUCAGUCAAAUCCAGAACUUGGACUUUGCUUCAAAUAUAACGCACCUUUACCUUCAGAACAAUUGUAUUUCAUGUAUAGAAAAUCUCUCAUCGCUGAAAAACCUUGAAAAACUGUAUCUGGGGGGCAACUGCAUCACUGUAGUAGAGGGUUUGGAUAAAAUAGAACAAAUAAGGGAGCUACAUAUUGAAAAUCAACAUCUCCCUCUUGGUGAAAAGCUUCUCUUUGAUCCAAGAUCUCUUAGGUCCCUGGCAAAAUCUUUGUCUGUGUUGAAUAUCAGCAAUAACAACAUUGAUGAAUUAGAAGAACUGGCAGUUUUGGAAAAUCUUUCAUAUCUUAGAGCAGCUGACAAUCAACUUCAACAUAUGAAGGAUUUGGAAGUUGUAUUAAACAAAUGGACAAAGCUACGCAGAAUGGAUCUUACAGGAAACCCCAUCUGCCACAAACCAAAGUACAGGGACAGGAUUGUAGUACAGACACGAACUUUAGAAUCCCUUGAUGGGAAAGAAAUUAAAGACAUGGAAAGACAGUUCCUAAUGAAUUGGAAAGCCUCCAAAGCUGCCAGGAAAAAAAACAAAGAAAGAAUGACAAAUGAACAUGCAGCCUAUCUACAUUUUUCUGACUUUGAAACACCUUAUCCUAUUGUUCCCUUUCACUACAGCCACUCUGUGAAAGAAAAAACAAAUUUUUUAGUUUUGUCUGAGAUGCACACAGUUAAAAGUAAACCUCUGCCAAGAAUCCUGGAAAAAAAUAAGUCAGAUGAAAACUCAGGUUGAAGAGGAAUCUGAAGUAACAGUAGAAGUAAGUUGAAUUCUAAAAGCCAAAAGUUACAGGAUGUGAAGAUUUGGCCAUUAUUGGAUUUUUAUUUUUUUUCCUCAAAGCUUACAAAGAAAGGUACUGGUGUCUCUUUGGAUAUGUUAUCUGUGGUUUUGUAAUCUCCAAACAAGACAAAAUGAAGUAUGUUGAAUUUAACACUGCCUUUAAAGAGCAUUCAGAAAAAUAAGGGGACUGCCUAUUUAUUUAGAAGCAAUGCUUUGUAUUAAAGGCAUGUAAAAACAUCA